UACCAUUGAAGGUGUCCUCAUCCACAGAUGGCCUCUGUCUAAUGACCAAAGCAGUCCAACAGCUGUGUUGGCAGGACUUGGGGUUAAUGAGACCUAAACGCAGCAUGCUUCCCCAUGCCAGUAGGAGAAGGUUUGUUCACUCAUAGUGAUUGAUGUCACAGAUGGGUGCUUUGGGUCACAGGGGGGAUGGGGCCACAUCCUUCAGAACGAAGAAUUACUGAGACGUGUGUCCCUUGGCCAGGUCAGGGCAUGGUAACAAUUUGGUUCACUAACAAGCCUACUAUGUGCCAGGUACUUGGGCCACCUCAUCAAACGGGACUUAAGCAACAGAUACUUAUUUCUCACAGUCUGGAGGCGGGGAGUCCAAGAUCAAGGUGCUGGCAGAUCCGGUUCCUGGUGAGGGCCUGCUUCCUGGCUUGCCCAUGACUGCCUUCUCCCUGUGUCCUCACAUGGCGGGGGGACGGAGAAACAUGCCCUCUUGUAUCUCUUCCUUUUCUUAUAAGGGCACUAAUGUCAUUGAGGAAGAUCCCAGUUUGAAGUUUCUAUGAGGUUCUAUGAGGACCCAGGUCUGAAUGCCAUUACAUUAUUGGGAGAGAGUCAGGGCUUCAGUAUAUGAAUUUGGGGUGGGGGACACAAUUCAGCCAAUAGCACCCACGGUCCCUGACCUUAAGUUGACGCACCUUCAUGGGAAGGUGUUGAGUAAAUUGUUGAAAAAAUAAAUCAGCUCUUGAAUAAAUUGUCCCAGCUCCAGCUCCCUGACAAAGCUUGUUGUUCACUAUGUCAUUUAGCCUCACUGUGAGGUCAGUGACCGUGGCCGGGGAGUACUCCAGGGAAGAGGGGAUGCUGUGGCCCACCAGGUCAUGUCACAAACCCAGGGCAGGCCCAGGCCUCCUGUUAGCCAAGCUCCUUCCAUUGCCACAACCAACGGCUUUUCCAAGGGUGGCCUGGCAUUGUCGACUUUAAUUUUCAUCCCCCUUCGUUGUAAAAUAGUAAAACUAGGCCAGGGAAUGGUUGGGAAGAGGCAUGUUGUAAAAUCAGAGAGGAAGGUCAGAUCUGUCUCAGGGGUUUACAAUCCUGAAUACUCUAGAACAUGCGGAAAGAAAAGGGUUUCACAGGUGAACAGGAAACAAACAUAAGCAGAUCAAGAUCAUAAAGGCCUUCUGUCCUGUCCACCUCCGGGAUAAUGAUACCCAUGCAACCUAGAUGGCACCUGGUUAUUGGAAGGCUCCCAUGAGAUAAUAUAUGGAAACGGCUUUGUAAAAAGACAAGUAAGGUAUAGGGGCUGGUGACUGCGGCUGGAAGCGCCCAUGACAGAGCUGGCGUCCUCGGGGGGCGGGUCCCCUGCGGGGGACGGGGAGGAGGGCCUGGGGGACGAGCGAGGCCUGGUCAUCCACCACCCCGCGGAGGAGCAGCCCCACCGCUGUCCGCUGUGCGGCCAGACCUUCUCGCAGCAGCCCAGCCUGGUGCGGCACCAGAAGGCGCACGCGGGGGGCGGCCGCGCGGCCGCCUUCGUGUGCCCCGAGUGCGGCAAGGCCUUCAGCGUCAAGCACAACCUCGAGGUGCACCAGCGCACGCACACCGGCGAGCGGCCCUUCCCCUGCCCCGAGUGCGGCCGCUGCUUCAGCCUCAAGCAGAACCUGCUCACGCACCAGCGCAUCCACAGCGGCGAGAAGCCGCACCAGUGCGCGCAGUGUGGCCGCUGCUUCCGCGAGCCGCGCUUCCUGCUCAACCACCAGCGCACGCACGCGCGCAUGCCCGCGCCGCACCCGCGCCGGCCCGGCGUGUUCGGGGAGCGGCGGCCCUACUUCUGCGCCCGCUGCGGCAAGAGCUUCGCGCGCGAGGGCUCGCUCAAGACCCACCAGCGCAGCCACGGCCACGCGCCCGACGGCCCCGCGGCCCAUUUAGGCCGCGUGCUCUGAUGCGCCCCGGGCCCGCCGCCGCCCGUCUCCGGCCCCGGGGCCGUGUCCACGACUCCCGGAGAGGGCGCUGGGCCGCGGCCCCCGUUCUGGACGCGAUCCCUGGAGACGGGGAGGGCUGGCUCGGGGUCUUGAAGGAGUGGGCCGCUGCCCGGCUUGGGACGUCUCCUCCCGUGUCUUCUCCACCCUCUGGCUGGGCUCUGGGCCCCUGCGUUGGUUUUCCUCCUCAUGCUCAGCCGGCCUAGAGUAGAAUGUCAGAGUUGGAAGCCACCUGGAGAGGGCCCCUCUCCACAAUGCCCAGGCCACCCCCAGCCCCCAAGGCCUCCUGGCCCCAUCACUUACUAUCUGGGGUACUUGAGAAGUCACAUCACUUCAUGACUCAGUUUUUUCGUCUAUGUGGAGUGGGCAGGCCCUCUGAGCGGUGUGUCAGGCACAUCCAGGCCCAGAGACGAGGAAUGGGACCCCGUGGGGGCCUGCCCGCUGGCAUAAGGACACGUCCCCUAAGAAGACCUACCUCGGGAGGUGUCCUGCAGAGGGGAUCCGUGGAGCCUGGAAUUGGAGGCGGGUUCUGUGCCCUGGUGGAAAAACUCCCCCUAUCUGGUGGGAGUCACAGCUGGAGAAGAGCUCGUCCUGGCGGCCCGGCCACUGUCCACUCUCCUGUGGCCACAGGGACAAUGCCUGUGUGGAGAGCCGGCUUCUCUGCACCUGCCUAAGAGAACGCAGCAAGUCGGUGGCAGACCUGGUUCUAGAGGCAAAGCCUUGCCCCAGGGGUGGCCCAUACCUGCCGCAGGCUUCGCUCUCAGAGCGACCGUUCUUAGUCCGUGGGAGGCAUGAAGCCCUUGGAAAAUCUCACAAACCUUAUGAACCUUCUCCCCAGGAAAACACGCAUACUCAUGUAGACACAAAAAUCUACAAGCAAGUUCAGAGCUCCCGGACACAACCCGCCACUCGUUCUUCACCGGACAUAGAGCCUGGGUCACUAUACAAGUAGCACUUUUCCCUCCCCCUGCUGAGCUUCCUGCCCUCGUCCAGGAAUAAAGGAUUCUGAGGAGGGGAACCUUCCUCUCUCUUCUGGGCCUGACCGUGCAUCAGGCUUCUAGAACCUUUCCUCCCUUCUGCGAACAUUGCUGGAGGCUCGCCGGGCUGGGUUUGCUCUUGUCUGGUUUGGGGCUGCUUGUUGUGGCUGCCCGGCUGCUGGGUUUUGCCUCUCAGGCUGGACUUCGACUUCACGGUAGAGGUGGUGGGGAAAGCUGGAAUUUCUAUGGAUGUGGGCUGAGCAUGAGCUUGGACUGAGGCUACCUGGGAGAGGGAUCCUGCUUCCAGCAGCCAAGCCGCGGGCGGGCCGUCCCCUGCCAGACCAGGAGUUCAGCCGCAGCCGGGCAUGGGGUGGAGAGGGCUGGGCAGGGAGACCAAGCCUCACUCCUGGGGCCUGCCAGUGCUCUGGCGUGGACAGUGGGACAGGGGUGACGACUUUGGUUUUCACCCUGAGCUGGUUGGCCUGGAGCUCACUGGCCUCCUCAGAAUGAACCACUUGACCUGAAAAGAUGUGGGCGAUUAGGGCUGGGAUGGGUUUUUGAUGACAACCCACUGAUCAUGAUACCGUUAUAUUGAGUGCAAUCCCUGGGGGUGGGGAGAAGCCUAUAGCCAUGGGAUCUGGUUCCAAGCCCAGCAAUGGAAGUUGUGUGGGUCACAGCACCGUUGUUCUGCUGGGGGGUCCCAGGACCAAGCUAGGUUUGGUCAGGGUUGUCGGGAGGCCUCCCCAGCUCCUGGCCCGGGACCUUGCUGGUGGUGUCUCCCAUGUGGUCUGGCACAGAGGGUCUUACGGGCCAUCUGCCAUCCACCUCGUCCUGAUAUCAGACUGCUCAGGGGGAGAGCAGAGGAAGAGGAGGCAAUCUGUGCUCUAGAAGCUUCCAUGUGAUCUGACCCUUGGCCUGCCUGGAGGGAGCCUCGCAGAUGCACUCUCUUCUCUGCUGGUUGUCCUCUCAUCUCCCUUCCCUGUAACUUGUCGCCCACAUCCACUGUUGCCUUCUCUGCCUUCCCUGGAAUUGCUCCAAAAUGUGGCCCUUCCCCCACCCUGCUGAUCCCUCUUCUCCGCCAGGCCCUCCAUCCUCGUCCUCCGAACAGUCCCUGUGUUGACACGCCAUCUCACCAUCAGGGACCCCGGGUUGUCCGUGCGCACGCAUGUGGAUGUGUGUGUGUUGGGUCUCCAGCUAGACUGUGAGCUCCCUGAGGGCAAGGGAUGGGCCAUGUCUUCUCAAAGCCCAACAGGGUCCAGCACGGGGCUGGGCUCAUAACACUCAGGAAAUACUUGUCAGCUGGCUGAUGGGUCCAGUGCUGGAGGCGGUGCGGUGAUUGGCGGUGAGGAGGAGAGGACCCGUGAGUUCCGCAUGGGUGCAUCUUGCUGGGUCAUGAGCUGGCUCCCCCGGGGCAGUAAUGGCCAUAGGGGCCCUCAGGUCCUCCCCUAUCUGGGGCAGCGGGGCAGGAGGGACCCCCGACAUGGCUACGCAGAAGUGCGUGGCAAUGGUGUCGGGGCUGGAUAUUUCCGUUGGCCACUAAGACCGGCCGGGGCUGACCAAGUGGAAUAAAUAUUUCCUCUACAUCAGCUGGUGUGACCUGUGGUCAUUUGGGGCUCAGCUGGGAGCAGGGUGGUGGCUUCUAGCUCUGCCUCCAUUCUGUCUCGAGGAGUUAUGUUCCGUGGUGGCCGAAGGCUGGAGAAAGCAUAGCUCAAAAGCCACAGCAUCGCCGUGAUGAGUAGCUUGGCCACCUGCUCCUGUGGGUAAGUGACUUCCCUCCUGCUGUUGGUGAGGUACUGGCCCUGAUCACGACCA